AUGUUCAUUCAAUUCAAAAUUCUUUCCAUUGUCUUCUUCUUCUUCACUAUUUCAUUUGCUCGUCCAAAUGAAAUGCUCUCUGGAGUUGUGAACACUGCUCUGGAUACAGUUCAUAAUAUAGCCGAGACAGGAACGGGAGCUGUCCAAGGUGUUGUUGAUGGUGUACUCCCAGCAGUUGGUAGUGCAGUUCAGACUGUUGGUGGAGUUGCCCAAGAUGCCGUUGGCAUGGUUCCAGAACUUCCAAUCGGAGGAGCUCAACAACAACCAUCUUAA